AUGGCAACUAUUACAGGAAAUCUGAGGAUUGUGCUGCUGGGCAAAACUGGAUCAGGAAAGAGUGCAACAGGAAAUACAAUCCUGGGCAGAAAUGCAUUUUUUGAGGACUUCAAUCCAGAAUCAGUUACUCAAGAUUGUGAGAUACAAGACUCAACAAUAGGUUCAAGGACCGUCGCCGUAAUUGACACUCCAGGACUGUUUGACACAUGGAUGGGUGAAAAGAAGGAUAAGAAAUCUGACAUGAUGACUGAAGAAAAGCUGAAGGCAAAAAUAGCGAAGUGUCUGGAGAUGUCUGCUCCUGGUCCUCACGUGUUCCUGCUGGUCAUCAGACUGGAUCAGAGGUACACCGAUGAAGAGAAGAACACAGUAAAAUGGGUUCAGAAGAAUUUUGGAGAAGAAGCGUCAUGCUACGUCUUCACUCUCUUCACUUAUGCUGAUUAUCUGAAGAAUAAAACACUGAAGGAUCAUAUAGAAGAGAAUGAAGAUCUGCGACAGUUUAUUAUCAGCUGUGCUGGCAAAUAUCAUUCAUUAGAAAAUGACAACAGAGCAAAUCAGUCUCAGGUCACAGAACUACUGGAAAAGAUAGAUAAAAUGGUGGAGAGGAAUGCAGGAAAGUACUACACUCACUCAGUGUAUACACAUGUCCAGAGAAGAUUAAUCUAUGAAAAAUUAACCAAUGGCUUAUACAGUAAUGUUGGAAAAAUAUUAGCAUUUAUAGUAGCACUAGUAGCUGUAGUAGUAGUAUAUGGUUCAUAA